UUUGAAUAGCUAUCUAUCCCUGACAGCUGUACAGCUCCAUUAUGGCAGGUGAAGCUGGAUGCUGCUGUAGACUGCCUCAAACUGUAGCAGUCAUUUUGCUCAUGUUCUCUUUGGCCCUGAGUAUAUCUUGUUUUAGCUUGCGAGGGCUGGGCAAAAAUGUGCAACAGCUCAAGGUUAGUGAGGCAGCAGUGAUGAAAGAACGGGCAGGAAACAUCCUCGUUAAUGGGAAUGAGUUGAACUCUGAGCUGGGAUCUUCCUCUGUUGAGACUUCAGGUAACAAUGAUGAUGAUCCACAUGUGGACCUGGGUCAAUCCGAGGACACGGAGCUGUUUGCACAGGAAUCACAGCUGAAUGAAGUCAUGGCCAAUAAAGCAGCAUGGGAGCUCUUGAACCCUACACUGUGUUGUGGUCAAACCAAGAUGAAGUUCAAAGCCAUGGGACCUGGUGCUGCUGAUUUACAGCUAGACAUUGGCAGUGGAUACUCUCUCCCUCUGAACCAAGUGAAUGAAAACUGUGGGUACUCGAUGCAACAGAAUGCACUGGGUCUUGUUUUGGUUGUCCCAUAUGAUGGCUGCAAUGUACUGCAAGAGAAUGGAAACUAUGUGGUCCUGAUGAGAUGGCUGAACACUCCAGUUAAAUUUACCUGCCCCAUCUUGCAAAGUAUUGAAGAAACGCCUGACUCAGUGACCCCUAAUCCUACCAUCCGUCCCCGGAAACUUGCUUCACCUCAAAGGCCUUGGAGCAUGAAUCGUCGCAAGCGACAAACUCCACCUUCCGAUCCUGACAGUCAAUAUUAUCUAUAUUUGUAUUACUUGAAUUGGCUCCAAACUUAUUACCCAUACUACUAUUAUUACUACUACUACUACCCUUACUAUUAUUCUCCCCCUGCAACUGUGCCACCUGCCACUACUACCACUGGACCAAACGUGACGGCCAACGAGGUGACACCUGCCACUACUACCACUGGACCAAACAUGACGACCAACGAGGUGACACCUGCCACUACUACCACUGGACCAAACAUGACGACCACCGAGUCCCCACCUACCUAUUAUACGUUCUACUAUCCUAAUGCAGUACCCAACAACAACCCUGACUUUUUCUACUAUGCAAUCAUUCAGCAUUUCUAUGGUAGAGAUCCAUCUGAUCCAAUGCAAACUACUGCUCUGCCCCCUACAUCCACAGCUCAGCCAACUGACACAGCAACAACAGGUCAAUCGAGCCCUGUGACGACUACAACUACAACUGCUCCCACCAAACAAACGACUAAAAGAUGUUCUGAAACAACACCCACGAGUAGUAGUAGCACCACCACCAGUGGUAGUAGCACCACCACCACCAGUAGUAGCAACUAUCCAGGUCCACUGAGUCCCUAUGUAAAUUACAUGGCCCAACCCUUCAAACCAUAUGUUUUAUUCGAUGCCUUAAAAAAGGCUGGCGAGCUUCCAGAUGACCAAAAAUACAUGCCAUCUGCUGGUUACAAAUCUGGAUUCCAGACUCGAGCAUAUCCAAACCUAUACUGGCAAGGUGUACCGUGGCAAAAUUAUCCUCCGAUUGACUGGGAAAAUCUGCAGCCAAAACAAGCUUGAACCCAAAUGGAGCUGCUGUCCUGGGAACUUGGGUCUAAUAAACUUGUUUUACUUUGAA